AUGUCAACUUUGAAUCAGAUGCAUAGACAACGUGCACGAAAAAAGAAGCCCCAAAAAGAAGGUCCUUUAGCUGGAAGGCCUCUUCUCCGAGGAAUUGUUUUGAAAACACUUAUUAAAAAGCCUAAAAAACCCAACUCAGCUAAUCGUAAAUGUGUGAGAUUGAAGCUAAGCAAUGGUAAAGAACAAACUGCUUAUAUUCCUAAAGAAGGACAUAAUUUGCAGGAACAUAGUAUGGUGUUAGUGCGAGGUGGGCGUGUGGCUGAUUUGCCCGGAGUAAGAUUGAGAUGUAUUCGUGGAAAAUAUGAUUUAGGCCAUGUGCAAAAAUAA